GGUUUGUCGCUUUGAUUCUGGUAGCGGGGCGGCCGCGAGGCCCACGGUUCCGCUCCUUGCUCCCUGCGGCCUCAGGGCCCCGGCGGGCUCCAGCGGCCCGGCGUGGGGAUCUGCACCGUCCGGAAAAGCGGGAUGUCUGCGGAAAAAGAAGACGAGGUGGAAUGGGUGGUGGAGAGCAUCGCGGGGUUCCUACGAGGCCCGGACUGGUCCAUCCCCAUCUUGGACUUCGUGGAGCAGAAAUGCGAAGGUAAUGACCGGAGCCGGUCCGUGGUCACCACAGGGAGCUCAGCUCCGGUUGUUGCAAUCACUUGUUUAAAUUUAGUUUUUGAUGAUGAAGAAGAAAGCAAGUUGACCUAUACAGAGAUUCAUCAGGAAUACAAAGAACUAGUUGAAAAGCUGUUGGAAAGUUACCUCAAAGAUAUUGGAAUUAAUGAAGAUCAAUUUCAAGAAGCAUGUACUUCUCCUCUUGCAAAAACCCGAACCUCACAGGCCAUUUUGCAGCCUGUGUUGGCAGCAGCAGAUUUUACGAUCUUCAAAGCAAUGAUGGUCCAGAAGAACAUGGAGAUGCAGCUGCAAGCUAUUCGGAUAAUUCAAGAGCGAAAUGGUGUGUUACCUGAUUGCCUAACAGAUGGUUCUGACAUGACAAAUGAGCUUGAACAGCAAGAGAUGAAAAUCCUGAGAGAGGUUCUUAGAAAAUCAAAAGAGGAAUAUGACCAGGAAGAAGAAAGGAAGAGAAUAAAACAGUUAUCAGAGAGUAAAACAGAGGAGCCCCCAGAAUAUCCUGGUGAAGCUGUCAAAAUGAGUAAUUCCAUAGGAGGUGGCGAGCAUUUUGGACACUCUGCUGCAGAAGCUAAAGUGCAUUUUGCUAAUCAGUCAGUUCAACCCUUGGCAAGAAAGGUGGACAUGUUGCCUGAGACUUCCUCACUUCCACCAAAGGACUUGAAGAAUCCUGGCUUAGAACAUGGAAGCAUUGAAGGACCAAUAGCAAGUUUGUCAGCACUUGGAAUGGAAGAGCUCCGGCAACGAGAGCACUAUCUCAAACAGAAGAGAGAUAAAUUGAUGUCCCUGAGAAAAGAUACAAGGAGCAAACAGAUAGAAAAUGCAGAGCAGAAAGGAACACCUACAGGGGAUGCAGAGGAAAUGACAGAAAAACCAGAAAUGACGGCAGAAGAGAAGGAAACAUUACUAAAGAGGCGACUACUUGCAGAGAAACUUAAAGAAGAAGUUAUUAAUAAGUAAUUAAAAAAUUGAGCCAAGUUGCAGUUCAUUUUUUUAAAAAUAAAGUAUUUAAUCCUUAUACCAAGUGUAUUAUAAAAAAGUGCUUGCUUUUGUAAAUGUUCAUGUAAGCUCAUUAAUUAAACACAUGAGGUAAAAGAGAAUUAC